AUGACUUUUGAUACCACGGGUCAAACUUCAUCAAUAAAUUAUUUUGAUGAUAGAAUUAAACCAAAUUUCAUACAUUCUUCUGAUAUACCCAAAAAAUUAGCUAAUUUAGUAUAUUCAAUAGCAAAAUCAAAAUAUAAGAAUUCAAAUAUAAACAGCAACAAAUGUCAAACAUCAAUAAAUUUAAAUUUAAAACUAAACUCGCUUAUACAAAAAGGAUCAAAUAAUUUAAAAAUAUGUUUAAAUAAGAAAAUGAUAUCUAUUGCUCAAUCAUCAAAUUUGAAUCAGAAUUUGCUAGCAAGUAAUUUAAUCGUAAGGCAAAGCUUCAAGAAUUCCAAUUUUUUAAAUGAUAUAAUAACUGAAAAGAAUAAAUUGAAUAAACAAAUAUAUCCUCAUGCAUUAACCACAAACGAUAUAUUUAUAAUCAAAUUUAAAUUAAUCAUAAGAGAAAUAAAUGAAAAUGAAAUUGAUUUCGAAGAUGAUGAACAAUAUCAAAUAUUGAAAAGCUUUGAACUGAACAACAAUAUUUUACAAAAUUUAAAAAAAUAUACUCUACAUUAUUAUAACUCCAGCACAGAAAAUUCAACAAAGGAACAAUAUCUCGAGAAUAAUUUACUAGACGUAAGUGAUAGUACUUUGGAUAAUGAUGAGAUAAAUUAUAGUGACGAUUAUGAUAAUUACAAAAUAGAGACACUAAUAUCAAAUGAAACAUUAAUUGAUGAAUUUAAAAGAAGAUUUAGUGAGGUAAGUACAGAAGAAAAAUCUAUCAAUUCAAAUAAAUCAUUUAUAAAAAACAUAAGUAAUCUCCGACAUAAUGAUGAUGAUGAUGAAGAUGAAGAUCUUGAAAUUGAAGAAUUACAUCUUGAAGAUAAAUUUAAAGAUCACGCGGGGUUAUCAAAACAAUCAUCUAGACAAUCACCUAUAACUCCAUCAUCAGAUCAUCAUAUACAUUUAGAUGACCUAGUAGAAGUAUCAUUUGAAGAAAAUGAUGAUUAUUAUAAUGAAUUAUCACCUGAAAAAUUUAUAUCUUCAUCACCAAUCAAAAAUAAUAAUAAUAACAAACAACAUUUUAAUUUAGAAAAUACUCAAGAAUCUUCAAAUAAAUUUAAACUAUCAAAUCAACCAUCAUUUACAUCACCAACAAAAGAAAGAAAAUCAAUAUCAAGAAUGUCAUCAACUCAUUCAGUUUCAAUGAUAAAUACAGAUGAAAAAUAUGGAUUAGAAUAUGCUUAUAAUUCUGAUUCUUCAACUAUUCCAACAUAUAUUAAACAAAAUAAAAAAUUUAAAUUUAUUAAAGUUGGAAAAGUUCAAAAAUUUGUUGAUUUAUUUGAAGAAGGUGGGGUUGAUAAGAAAAAAUGA